AUGGGCGACGACAUCAUGGACGACGACGAGGAUUAUGGAUUUGAAUAUGAGGAUGACAGCGGAAGCGAACCCGAUGUUGAUCUCGAAAACCAGUACUACACUGCAAAAGGUCUGAAAAGCGAAGGGAAGAUCAACGAAGCCAUAGCGAAUUUUGAGAAGGUGCUUAAUCUAGAGCAGGAGAUGGGCGAGUGGGGAUUCAAGGCUUUGAAACAGAUGGUUAAAAUCACCUUCAACACCAAUCAAUUCGAAGCAAUGUUGGAAUACUAUCAGAAAUUGUUGAAAUACAUUAAAACAGCUGUGACGAAAAAUUAUUCGGAGAAGUCAAUAAAUGCCAUUUUGGACUACAUAUCUACUUCAAAACGAAUGGAUUUAUUACAAAAGUUCUAUGAAACAACACUGGACGCUCUGAAGGAUGCCAAAAAUGAACGGCUAUGGUUCAAAACGAAUACCAAACUUGGAAAGUUAUACUUUGACAUGCAUGAAUUUAACAAGUUGGAGAAGAUUUUGAAACAGCUGAAGAGUUCAUGUAAAACAGAGUUAGGCGAAGAAGACCAGAAAAAGGGAACACAGUUACUGGAAAUCUAUGCGUUAGAAAUCCAGAUGUAUACAGAACAAAAGAACAACAAGGCUUUAAAAAAGUUGUAUGAACAAGCACAACAGGCUAUUCAGUCUAAGUCUGCUAUCCCUCAUCCACUUAUUCUUGAAUGUGGUGGUAAAAUGCAUCUGCGAGAGGGACAGUUCGACCGUGCCCAUACGGAUUUCUUCGAAGCGUUCAAAAAUUAUGACGAGAGUGGAUCACCGCGGCGAAUUACUUGCUUGAAAUAUCUGGUGCUGGCGAACAUGCUUAUAAAAUCCGACAUAAAUCCGUUCGAUAGCCAAGAGGCCAAACCUUUCAAAAAUGAACAAGAAAUCGUCGCUAUGACGGCUAUGGUGUCUGCGUACCAAGAGAACGAUAUCGAUGAAUUCCAACGAAUACUGGAAGACAAUCGCGAGAGCAUCAUGCAGGACCCCUUCAUACGUGAACAUAUAGAGGAACUCUUGACUAAUAUCAGAACUCAGGUGUUACUGCGGUUGAUUAAACCGUAUACGAGAGUCAGGCUGCAGUAUCUCUCGCAGCAGUUGCGUGUUUCAGUCGCGGAAGUCAAACGGUUACUUGUGGAUACUAUACUAGAUGAAAAUCUUCCUGCACGUAUAGAUGAGAUUGACAACAUAUUGUAUGUGAAGCCUUGUGGCGAACAAAGGUUGGAUUCAUCACUGUCAAUUUCUGCCAUGAAUGGAUGGAUCGAUCAGAUCGACAAGAUGUCAAAGGACCAGCACGAUUUGAAGAGAGAGUUAAAUGAAUUGAUCAAAAAACGUGCUGAAAUCGCUGAGACAUUGGAGGCACUUGAGAAUCAAAUCUACAAUUUUGAAGGAUCGUAUUUGGAAGAGACGGCUGAAUAUGGAAACGUCAUAAAAGGAUGGGACCGUUAUGCGCUAGCUAUGCCGCCUUCAAAAUCAGGAGUGAAACUAGAGAAAAAGACGUUGUCUCGAAAAACUGAUCGAGAAGCAGAUAGGCUGUUCUCUUACUCGUCGGUAACGUCUCCAGCAGCAUUGAAACACGCCCAACAACCACCUCCUCCAAGUAUAACAUCAUCUGGAGCUCCGUUGACUCCUACGAUGAUGAGAAAUGAUGUGAUCGAGGACGAAGCGUCCCGUGAAAUGAGACGGUCAAAGAAACGAAAACUGGAAGAGCAGUGA